CAAAAGGGGGCUCCUUAGAACAGAGAUGGUAGUGUGAGCCUGGUAUUGCCUAGGCACCCACUCACAUAAAUCAGGCCUGCUAGAUAACAUGGCAAGGGAGACUUUCCCUUUUACUUCUUCUACCUUGCGCUCACUUCGCCUGCAGCAAGAAUGGCUAGAAUGGGAAGAUCGGCGCCGGGCAGCUGCCUGGCAGCGCUAUAGCCGGAGAUGUCCCCCAAGCACUCGGACCCAACUUAGCCGGACCCCCUGCUAUUGCCGGGAUCCAGCUGUCCAUAAUGCCCUGUUUGUGGGUGAUCUACAACGGAUCCAGGCCCUGUUCCAGGAUGAGACAACAGCCAAUAUGAUUGUGGAGACUAUCAGUGACCAGCUGGCAUGGUCGGCUGAACUAGGCCUCUGGGUGCUGACCCCAAGGACUAAACAGACGAGCCCAUUACAAAUUCUGGCAGCCCGAGGCUAUACCAACUGUGUCCGUCACCUGCUUCUCCAGGGUGCUGAUCCAGAUGCCCGAAUUGGGGGGCAGGCUGCCUUGCAUGAGGCCUGUGCCCAGGCCCAGCUAGACUGUGUCAGGUUGCUGCUUGACUUUGGAGCUAAUGCUAAUGUCUUGUCAGAGGAAGGCAUGGCCCCCCUCCACCUCUGUACUACCCCCAAGUCCUUAAGAUGUGCCAAAUUACUGCUGGAAAUGGGAGCAUCCGUGAACCUGUCCUCAAGGGAAUGUAAAGUUACCCCCUUGCACGUGGCCGCCGGUCGGGGCUUGGAAGAACAUGUUGCCUUGUACUUGCAGUAUGGGGCUGAUGUGGCCUUGCGUACAGGUCAAGGCGAGACUGCCCUCAACUCAGCCUGUGCUGGGGCUGAAGGGCCAGACCGACAGCAUGAGCUGGUAGUCCAACAGCUCCUGGAAGCUGGGGCGGAUCCUCAGGCAGCAGGCCGAAAGCGCCACACACCACUCCACAAUGCCUGUGUCAAUGGUUGUGAGCGCCUGGUGGAAUUGCUGCUGUGUCAUGGGGCAAAGGCAGAUGCUCCUAAUGGGGCAGGACACACACCCAUGGACUGUGCUCUCCAGGCAGCUGAGGACCUCCCUGACGGGAAGCCUGAGGUCCUCAUUGCUGCCCUGUUAGACUAUGGGGCUCAGCCCAUCCGCCCAGAGAUGUUGAAGCUGUGUGCUUCGUCUCCACAAGCCCUGGAAGUACUGCUCAAUGCCUAUUCUUGUGUCCCACCUAGUGAAACAUGGGCUGAGGCUGUGCCCCCAGAGUUGUGGCAGGAGCAUGAAGUCUUCUAUAGCUCAGCCUUGCGGAUGGCAAACCAGCCCCGGAGACUGCAGCACCUGGCAAGGCAUGCCCUUCGCAGCUUCCUCAGGAAUCGAUGUCGUCUUGCUGUAUCUCAGCUUCCACUGCCCCCUGCCCUGAAGGACUAUAUGCUCCUUCGGACUGAGGGAAGCAUUCAGUGAGCUAGAGUUGAGGGAGGUUGCAGGAUGCUUGGGCCUGUUUAUGGCUGUACUACCCUUCUCACUUAGAGGAAUGACCUCUUAAAGAGUUAUGGUUCUCAGCCUUUUAGCCCAUGGGACUAUUCAAAUAGAGCAAAGGACAACAUGGAAAACACCCCCACAUGCAACUUCUUUUAAAAAAAGCCAUUUCUUAAUGGGAAAGAUGCUCAACAGUUAUUAAACAUGAGCAAAUAACACAUGACAAACCUAAGUAUAGAUACUGUCAUAAUAGAAACAUCACAAAAUACCUCUCCCCCUCCCCAACAUUGCCUGGAGGAUCCUGAAAGAUGACUGUUGUCAAGACAACUGUUAGGCCCAGGGGAGAAGUGAGAAGAAGGCAUCUCAGGACUCAGUUCUUCUGGCUCUCUAACAAAAGGGCAUUACCUUGAGUGCCAUUAUGGAAACCCUUACUUCCCAUCUUAGAAUCAAUACUGUAUACUGGUUCCAAAGCAGCAGUGAUAAGGGCUAGGCAAUGGAGGUUAGUGACUUACCCAGAAGAGUCACAUAGCUAGGAAGUGUCUGAGGCUAAAUUUGAACCCAAGAGCUCCCAUCUCUAGGCCUGGCUCUCAAUCCACUGAGCCACCCAGCUGCCCUGCUUUGCCUCCUUUUAUCUCAUGAAUAGAAAAGGUUAGUGAAUAACCAAUGUCAUUUGCUCUUAAGUCUUGAACUUACUGACCUGGCAUUUCCCUCCAGGUCCCAGGGACCCUUACAGAUGACAGAAGAGCAAUUUGCCCAGGGUCACACAGCUAGGAAGUGUCUGAGGCCACAUUUGAAUCCAGGUCCUCCUGACUCCAGGACUGUUGUUCUAUCCACUGUGCCACUUAGUUGUCCCUGCUCCAAAGCCUCUUAAAGCUCCCCCAUCUCCCCUUCUUGUCUGAAUCCCAGUCAAGGCACUUGGCUUUCUAGCAGAUGUCUCUGUUGCCAUCCCAUUCCCAUUCUGGACAAGUACAAAAGAUGGUUUGGCUUGGGACCUGAGUUUCUUGAUCUGGAAUUCUACUUUUGAGGUUUCAGAGACCUCUCAGAGAGGGGAAUGAAGAGAGAUAGAGUGAUUGUCCAUUUGUCCCUCCUCCCUCCUGGUCAAGCCUCCAAAUUGCCUGCUAGCUUUCUUAGGCUUCAGGACACUCCAAGAUGUAGGGGCUAUUUAGUAAGUUCGAAGUAGCCUUAAUAGGUUUCUAAAUGGCUUGUCUGGAAACAGCUAAGGAUCAUCAUCCAAUUCUUCCCAGAGAUGUUAAUGGAGAGGGUGAAACAGAGGAGAGGGAGUGAACAGGGAGGUACACAGAUCCAGAGACUACAGCAGAAAACAAAGCUGCAUUAACUCUGGGCACUCAGAAAAGUAACUUCAAGUCUUGGGAUGAACGCUUGUUAAAGUUAAAGUGGACCUCAGUUUCCCCAUCCGUCAAAUGAGAGAGUGGUGAAGCUCCACUGAAUGUUUAGUCAGGUCCCUUCCAGCUGUAUGACUUUGGAUAAAUCACUUCCCCUCUCCGGGUGUUUCCUCAUCUAUAAAAUAGGGGUUGGCCAAGAGUAGUACUUAACGUACACUAGAAAGCGGUAAAAAGAGCAGCAGGUCUGGAAGGGUGACAGAACCCGACUAGCACGGCCAAAUCAGGGCCAUUCCGACCGUGUCCCGCCCCCACAUGCCGCGCCCAUUGCUGCUGACCAAGCCCCUCGCCGUGUCCCGCCCCCUUCCCUAGGGGCCUCAGCAAGCAGUUUCGCCGGAAGUCGACUUUUCAAAUGGACCCUGUUACAGCGGCUUCGGGUCCGCAGCAACGGCGACGAAGACGAAGUGAAGGUGGGACUUCCUGUCUCGUGCCCCAGUAGCUUCCGGCGCGAGCCGGAAGACCCGGUACUAGGAGGAAUCUGGGGCUGCCGGUGGCCCCCCCCCGCCCCGCCUCCCCUGGACGGGCAGGUGAGAUCCGGGACUGUCCCGGCGCAUCCAAGACGCCUGGACAGG